AUGCCCGUCGCGCAGCAGUCAGGGAAGGUGUUAAUCAGCCAUCCAAAGGGUGCCUCGGCAGAGAUUCUGUUAUACGGUGCGACCGUCAUCUCCUGGAAGUCUGGUAGUAUACCUAGCCCGGAGCUUGUCGAACGACUUUUUGUUUCAUCAAAGGCCACCUUGGACGGCAGCAAGCCCGUUAGAGGUGGAAUUCCCGUCGUCUUUCCGUGCUUUGGCGCUCCCACCCAUCCCGAACAUUCACUACUUGGUCAACAUGGGUUUGCACGCAGCGAGCUGUGGACAUUCCAUAGCAUUGUGAUGGACAAUGAAUCUGGCGUAUCUGUGAAGCUCACUCUCGAACCGAAAGCCAGUAUCACUGAGAAGUUCAAGCGGCCUUUUCACCUCUCAUAUAUUGUGACACUAGCGGAGCAUCAAUUGUCCACCGAUCUUCACGUCAAGAACACUGGCUUGUCCACCUCACCCCCUCUCGAAUUCCAGGCGCUCUUUCAUAAUUACAUUCGCGUACCUUCUGAUGACGUCCUUGUCACUCCGCUGCAAGGAAUCACAUACUACGAUAAGACAGAAACCUCCGAAGAACUCCGCAGCCUUCCCAAAGUGGAAACGCGAGCCAGUGUCGAUGUGCGGGAAUUCACGGACUUCGUGUACGAGAAUGCACCCGGGACCUAUGAGGUAGCUUCGCCAGUCAGCAGGAUCGAAGUCAGAGCGACAAAUCUCAAAGACGUAGUCGUAUGGAAUCCCCGAGCCGAGGCAGGAUCAAAGAUAGCUGAUAUGGAAGCUGGAGGAUGGGAGAGGUACAUUUGCGUCGAACCAGGAUAUGUACGCGGAUUCGUGGCAGUUGAGGCAGGACAGACAUGGAUUGGCCAGCAAGUGUUAACAGCUAAGCUUUAA